AUGGAGCAGUCGCAGCGUGGCAGAGGAGACCACAGCGGUAACGGUGUACUCCACCCUGGCCCGGGACUGCUGGCUGCGACCCCUCAUCCCUCACCGCCGGCGUUACCGGUGCCCUCGGGGAUACCAGUUCCACCAGCUUAUCUGCGGCCCUCCGGCCUCUUCCUGCGAGCUGCCGCCGCCGCCGCCGCCGCCACGGCGGGAAGCGGAGGCUGCCGGCCGGUUUCUAGGCUGGAGAGAGGCGUGAGCGCAGUGGGCAGCGGCUACCUGCGGACGCCCAAGUGCUCUCGCUGCCGCAACCACGGUGUGGUGUCGGCGCUCAAGGGCCACAAGCGCUUCUGCCGCUGGCAGGACUGCGCGUGUGUCAAGUGCACCCUGAUCUCCGAGCGCCAGCGCGUGAUGGCCGCCCAGGUGGCGCUGCGCAGGCAGCAGGCGCAAGAGGAGAGCGAGGCUCGGGGACCGCAGAGUUUCUUGUACCCUCGAGCCUCGGGUCCAGAGGUUCUGGCGUCCAAAAGCCGCGGUAGAACGGUGAAUUCCCAGGCGGCCGGCGAGCCUAAGGCGGUGCCCGCUCAGCAAUUGGGUGCCUUGAGGCCAGCUAGUGGUCUGGCAACCCCGGCUAUCGAAGUUAUCCAGCAAGAUGACGCGGAGGACAAACAAGAACAAAAGGGGAGUCAAUGUGACUCAUGCCAGAGUGGACAAGAAGAGCCAUGCUCUAAAUCCCAUCAGCUUUCUUUGGGAUCAUCUUCUAAGUCUAAUGGUGUCAUUGGGAAAAAAAGCAACUGGUCAUCUACUUCAAAACACUCAAAAAAGCAUGCUAGCAUCCAGUCUCCUUACUCUGGGGAGCAAUCAGGAGGUGAAGACAGUCCCAGGUCCUUAUCAUCCUCUGAUCUGGAAUCAGGAAAUGAGAGUGAGGGGGCUAAAGACUGCAUUGCAGUGAGAGCCAGCCUUCCCAUGAUGUCCUCAAGACCAAGAGAUCCUCUUGAUAUUCUUAUCAGGAUUUUCCCACGUUACAGGCUCACCUGGCUAGAAAGCGUUCUGCGGUUCUGCAGAGGGGAUGUGGUCCAAGCCAUUGAACAGAUCUUAAAUGGGAAAGAACGCAAGCAAGAUACCAGGGAUCUAGCAUACUCCAGAAAACUGGAAAACACAGCCUUUUCAAGAGCUUCAAAUUUUAGUCUAGCUAGAAUUGGUUUUGGAACUCUAGGUAAUAAAUCAGCUUUCUCUCCUCUUCAAACCCCAUCUGCUUCUUACAGAGGUGAUUCAAACCUCUACAGCUUAAAUCCUAGACUAGAGAUUAGUCCAUUACGACUGGCAUAUUCUCCCUCAGGGAGAGGGCUGUCUGGUUUUGUGUCACCCUACCUAACACCUGGGUUGGUUCCAGCAUUGCCUUUUCAGCCAUCUUUGGAUUAUACUUUUUCAGGGAUGAUAAGGGAUACUUCCUACUUUCCCAGUAAAAGCUCAAUAAUUGGUAGUAGGCUGUAUUUUAGACCCAGUCAGGACAGUCUGUAA